ACCUUACUAUUUCAUGUGUUUUGGUUAUAUUGUGUGAGUAAAAAGGGGGCUCACUUUAAAACUCGAUAAUGGGAAAAAAAUGGGAAAGUUUAACGGUACCGCUCCAUGACGAAGUAAAGAACGGAAUAAAGAGUCUUAAUUUUCCAUUUAUGACUCCCGUGCAAGCCGCUACGAUACCGCAACUCCUUAGCAAAAAAGACGUUGCAGCAGAAGCAGUCACAGGUUCUGGGAAAACUCUAGCCUUCCUUAUACCAAUCCUGGACAUUUUAAAGAAGCGGGAAGCUGAAGAAAAAUGGCAAAAACACCAGGUUGGAGCCAUUGUCAUUUCUCCCACUCGAGAGUUGGCUUUGCAAACCAAAGAUGUCCUGAGUCAACUAUUAGAUAGCGUUACCAACUUAAGUCAAAUCCUUUUUGUUGGGGGCACCACAGUAGAAGAAGAUGUCAAACAAUUUAAAGAAAAUGGAGCUAAUAUAAUUAUUUGUACACCUGGUCGCUUAGAAGACUUACUUACCAGAAAACAAGAUUUAAACUUACCUAAUGCUGUCAAAAAUUUGGAAGUGCUCAUUUUGGAUGAAGCUGAUCGGUUGUUAGAUUUAGGAUUUCAGAAGAGUUUAAAUACAAUUUUAAGUUAUCUACCCAGGCAGAGGAGAACUGGACUUUUCUCAGCCACUCAAACAAAAGAGGUGCAAGAUCUUAUAAGGGCUGGAAUGAGAAACCCAGUUUUAGUGAGUGUGUCAGCCAAAGCAAAACAGAGCACCCCAGACAUGCUUGAAAACUUUUAUAUUUUAGCUAAAAAUAAUGGUAAACUGGCCACCUUAAUAUCAUUCCUUAGGAAAAACAAAGUCCAAAAAUCCAUGCUAUUUUUACCUACAUGUGCCUGUGUGGACUACUGGUCCAAAAUAUUCCCCCAAAUUAUGCCCAAGGAUCUUGGACUAACAGUGACGGCCAUACAUGGGAAAAUGAAAGAUAAAAGACGUAAAGUGCUGGAUCAUUUUAGAAACAGUGAAAAAGGUCUGCUGCUUUGCACUGACGUUAUGGCCAGAGGAAUAGACAUUCCAGAGGUUGAUUGGGUACUUCAGUGGGAUCCCCCAGCAAGUGCUUCGGCAUUUGUACAUAGAGUGGGCAGGACUGCCAGACAAGGACAACAAGGCAGCGCACUAAUUCUUUUGUUGGAAAACGAAGAGUCUUACGUUAAUUUCAUCGAAACCAAUCAGAGAGUGAAGCUGAAUCCCAUAAGUGAUUGUUCCAGUGUAGAUGAUAUAAAUUCCCUUAGGGAAAAAAUUAGAGCGCUUUUAAAAAAAGAUAGAGCCUUAAUGGAACUAGGAACUAAAGCUUACGUGUCCCAUAUUAGGGCAUAUUCCAAACACGAAUGCUCCUUAAUUUUAAGGAUAAAGGAAUUACCCUUGGGUGCACUUGCUGCCACCUACGGUCUACUGCAGCUACCAAAAAUGCCCGAACUAAAAAACAGAGAUUUAUCAGAGUUUCCCGAAAUCACGAAUUUCGAUAUAAAUUCCGUCCCUUAUAGGGACAAACAUAGGGAGGCCGUGAGACAAAAAAAAUUGGAAGAAUAUAAAACUACUGGUCAAUGGCCGAGCAACAAUAAGAAACAGAAGCAUAUAAAGAAGGCGACAGAAGCGUGGUCGAUAACGAAACAAAAUAAAGAAGUGAGAAAGGAGAAACGAUUGAAGAGGAAACAGGCUAAAAUGGCGGCUAAGAGUGAGGGAAAGGGCAAAAAGAGAAAAGGUGGUAUAAUCGAAGAGGAUUUAGAAGAGUUGAAAAGGGACAUGGCCCUGUUAAAGAAAUUUAAAAAAAAGAAGAUAUCAGAUGAGCAGUAUGAAAAAGAAAUGGGACUUACGUAACAAUUAUUUAUUUGCGUAUUUAAUCAGUUGUAUUUAAUAUUAGUUAUAAGUCCGGAGAUCCUAUUGUAAUAUUUUACAGAUUAAAAGCACCUAAUUAAAAGCAAA